AUGUUGUUCCGAAUACCAGAUAUACUGACCAAGCCUUCCCACACAGCCGACUUCGUCCAGGAGCUCUACCUCAAGGAGCUCAAGGCCUACAAGCCCACCCCCAUCAAGGACUCUGACGCCCAGGGCCAGGAGGCCGACCUCGCCGCCAGCCUGAAGGAGUACGAGAGCAUGGCCGUCGAGGUUGAGGGCCAGGACGCCUCCGCCCUCGCCGCCAACGGCGAGCCCGUCAAGCACGACUGGCUCAUGAUCGAGGAGGACGAGGAGGAGCCUCACCACUAG